AUGGCUCCUUUUGAAAAUUUAUAUGGUAGAAAGUGCAGAACACCAGUAUGUUGGAGUGAAGUUGGUGAAAGAAAGUUAGUGGGCCCUGAUUUGGUUCAAAUGGCUUCAGAAAAUGCGAAAUUGAUUAGAGAAAAUUUGAAAAUAGCACAAGACAGACAUAAAAGUUAUGCAGAUAAGCGCAGGAAAGAUCUUGAAUUUGCAGUUGCAGUUGGAGAUAAAGUCUUUUUGAAAUUGUCACCUUGGAAAGGAGUGUUGAGAUUUGAUUCUUCUCAUGUUCUAGAGUCUCAACCAGUUCAGUUGAAGGAGAAUUUGACUUACGUACAAGAGUCAUUGAGAAUUUUAGACGAAAAGGUGCAAAUUCAGCGAAACAAGACAGUUUCACUUGUUAAUGUACUUUAG